GGUCGCUUGGGCUGGUUGUGCUGCAUUAUCUGUCUACUGUUCGCCAUUUUCGGCCUAAGGAUUAUGAAUCCCCCUUUGGAAAGUCCCUUGCGUGGAGCUUUCAAUGCUUCUGCGCCAACUGUGUGGUGCCUUGGGUUGGCUUGGAUUGUGUACUCGUCCAUGGCGGGAUGUGGUGGCCCGGUGACAAAGUUUCUCUCCUGUAGUAUAUUUGCACCACUCAGCAAGCUUGUGUUUGCAGUAUAUCUUACGCAUCAACCCCUGCAGUAUCUCUUCUAUGCUUCACGACAGGAAAGCUUCGACUACAAUUAUUUUCUUAUG